AUGAUGAAACGUGGGUAUUGGGCUGGUUUUCACUAUUGGUGUAAGGUAGUGCGGUCUAUAGAGGGAGUUUUGGGAGUAUGGCAUUAUGAUGAGGCUCAGAAUGGUGGUUUUGCUCAACUUCUAGACCGUGAUGUGGAAAAAUCACAAAUAGGUGAUGUGAUACAUGGUAUGAUGAAGAAGUUUUCCAAACUAAGUCAUUUAAUUCCUUUCUCGAUGCCCUCGGACAGAUUCCCUGUAGGAGGUGGUCUGCCACAAGAUGAAGACAAUGCCGAAGCAGCCGCUAAUGAAGAACACAAUAACAAACAUGAUGUAGAUUUGAAAGUGGAAGCAGAAGAGGAAGUUGACGAACUUAAGGAAGAAUCACUCAAAGCUCAGGAACUCGAAGACAAAGCAAUCAUUGAAGAAUUGACGUCAAGCCCUGUUGUUCAGCCUCCUCCUCCUCAGCAUUUCAAAAUCAAGGUCAAACUGGCUGCACGAGAACCAGAGAAAAACCAAGAUGGUGAAGGGCCUACCAGUACGGAAGAUGUGAAGCCACUCAAAAGGACUCAACGUUUGAAGAAGGCUAUUGUUGACGAAGAACAUGUUAAACCUGUAAAAGCCAUCAGAAAAAAAGGUGGUAAAAAACGCUGA